AAUGCAUAUCCGUAGACUUGUCAAACGUAACCUGUUGCGAAGAUUAUAGAAGCUGCGCGACGACAGAGAACUAGGGUUUUAAAUUACUCAAAUCUCCGAAAAUGAUCUACGACGUCAACUCUCCUCUCUUCCGCUCCUUCCUCAGCCAGAAGGGUGGUUCUUCUGACAAGAGGAAAAUGGAAGAACAGAAGCCAAAGGAACAGAGACCCAAAGCUAACGAGAACAAGCCAGUUAUGACAGAAUGAGAGGUGCAAUGAAGCAUUAGGGAUGAGAUAGGAUGCUAGAUUAUUCUCAAUGCUAUUAAAAAUGUUGUUGAUUUCAAAUUCAAAGUGAAGUAACUCAUG